AUGUUCCGGCAAAUUGCGCUCCUGUCGGUGGCACUGCCGGCGAUGGCCCUUGCCGGCGGCGACACGUACUUCGCCGGUGAAGGCACGUCCUACACGCUGGGCCAGGUGUCGGCCGGCAACUGCAAUUUCAUGUACGACCCCGGCGUGGGCGACUACUACGCGGCGCUCAACAGCGAGCAAUGGGACUCGACACUCAACUGCGGCCGGUGCGCCGAGGUCUCGUGCGCCGACUCGCGCUGCAGCGACACGAGCAGCACCGUGACGGUCUUCAUCGUGGACAAGUGCCCCGAGUGCAGCCAAGGCGACCUGGACCUGUCCCCGACCGUGUUCAAGCAGCUCACGGGCAGCGACCCGUCCCGGUACAGCAUCAGGUGGAAGUUCGUGGACUGCCCCGUGAGCGGCAACGUGCAGUACUGCACCAAGAGCGGCAGCAGCAGCUCGUGGCUGGCCGUGCAGCCCGCCAACUUUGCCAACGGCGUGGCGAGCAUGAAGAUCGCCAACCAGGACGUGACCAUGGUGGACUCGUGCUACUACUUCCUGCUCAACGGCGGCUCGAACGUCGACAUGUCGGCGGUGGACAUCGAGCUCACGUCCAUCUCGGGGGAGACCAUCACCGAGACGCUGUCGCUCACGGCCGACAAGUGCACUGACGGCACUGCGUCUCAGUCUCAGACCCAGCAGCAGAGCGACGUGAACAGCUUCGAUACUCUCAAGUCCGGCAGCUUAGGCAGCUACACGGCUGGAAAGGUGACUGCCGCGAACGAGUCUUCGAGUGGUGUGUCAAUCCUCCAGUCUUCUGCGGCCGGCGUCGAAAAGACCCCUACCAGCCAGGAGGAGAACGGCGAAUCUGACAGCACGGCACAAAAGGCGGGAUCGGACGACACGAAGCAGGCGAACACCAAGACCGAGGCGACUUCUGGCGGCACGAGCCCGGUCAUCGUGGCUCUCGUGGUGCUGGCGGUUGUGGGCGGCAUCGUCCUGGCCGCUGUGGCCUACGUUACCAAGAAGAAGAAACUGGACGACAAACGCAUCGACCGCGAUGAAGCUGCGAUUCGCUCCUUCGACACGUUCAGUUCGCCUGUGCGUAUCAACUCGACGAUCGCCCAGAUCUAA